AUGUCGUCGAAAACUUGGACAGUCGAACAGCGCGAAGCACGCUACAGCGACCUCCCAGCAGUGGCUCAUGUAACAGCCUUAGCCUUCUUUGAUGACAAUCUGUUCGGCGAUUUAAUACAUCCGUAUCGAGAGCAAUAUCCCAGCGACGUGGAACUAUUCUGGCUGCGCAAAGCUCGAGUAAACUACUGGGAUUAUAGAUGGAAAUGGCUGGUCGCUAUCGAAAAGGGUGAGGAUUGCCAGGAGACCAUCGUUGGAGUCGCACAAUGGGCACGACUUGGCGAAGGAGGCAAGCUAAUGGAAUGCGGAUGGUAUGACCCUCGUAACUUUCUCAAGCCCGCGUCUUCAGUAAUCAUGAAGAUACAUGCCCUCCUAUGGCCUAACCGCGCAUGCGACCCAAAAGAAGAGGACGUGAUCGACCGCGCUUACCCGUGCUUUGACGGCGUCUGGUCUGGCGAUCGUGCUGAGUCAUGGUAUUUGGAGACAUUGGCAGUGCAUCCAGAUUAUCAGAGCCGGGGAAUCGGUCGGGCGUUGGUUCGAUGGGGUAUUUACCGUGCUGAGAAAGACGGUAUCUGCGCCUCAGUUGUCAGUGCGAAAGGCAAAGACGAGUUUUAUCGCAAGGCUGGCUUCGUGCUACAGGAUGGCUCCUCAGGUAUGGGACCAGGAAAUCCACUUGCCAACGUGGAAGGCGGAAAUAUUUGGUGGAAAAUGCGCGAGGGGUCUGGAUGA